AUGGCCGCGCCAUCAUUCUCAUCUUCCUUCGUCUACGAUGUGUUUCUCAGCUUCAGAGGAGAAGAUACUCGUUACAGUUUUACUGGCAAUCUCUACAAUGCCCUUCGUGACCGCGGAAUUCACACCUUCAUCGACGACGAGGAGCUCCGCAAAGGUGACGAAAUCACAUCUGCACUUGAGAAGGCAAUUGAAGAAUCCAGAAUUUUCAUCACCGUCCUCUCUCAAAACUACGCGUCUUCCUCAUUCUGCUUGAACGAGCUCGCCUACAUUCUUCACUGCGCCAAGAGAAAAGGUUUGUUGGUUUUGCCAGUCUUCUACAACGUCGUUCCUUCCCACGUGCGGCACCACACAAGUAGCUUUGGAGAAGCAUUGGCUGCACAUGAAAAAAGGUUCAAAGCUAAGAGUCAGGAUUUUGAGCUUAACAUGGAGAAGCUCGAGAAAUGGAAGAUUGCUCUACGUGAAGCUGCUGACUUAUCUGGAUAUCAUUUCAAACAUGGGUAG